AAUUGUCAUUAAUGUCAAAAACUCGAUUCACGCGAGCGCAAUGUUUUUGUAAUUUAUUUACUUGAUAAAUAACCAGUUAAUAACCUAAAUAAGUAUUAAAUAAUCAAUUAUAUAAGUUAAGGAAUAAGUGUUAGUAAGUGAUAAGUGGGUUAACAAUGUCAGAAGAGGAUGAAAACUUGCAUCGUUUGGCGGGAUCUUCUGGGGAUGCUCCGGGCGGGCUUAUUAUUAAAAAGAAGGAUCCUCCGGCGGAAUUUCAGUUUGCCAAGCCUUCGUUGUUAGGGCUAGAUAAGCUGGCAGCAGCCAAACGCAAGCAGAACCGCCUAAUAUCGUUCCAGGACGAUACGAACGAGGAUGAUGGUGAAGACAGUAAAUCUGAAGCCAGUAGUUCGAAAGAACGUAAAUACAGGAAGCAUAAUGAAGAAACACCUACUUACACGGGUGGUAUAUCAGAACAAGCACGAGAACGCAUGCUUGAAAGGCUGCAGAAAAGAGAAAAGGAAGCAAAAGAAAAAGGAGUACAUCAUUCGACACAAGAAGAGAAGAAAUCACGGUCUAAAGACGAUGAGGAUGAUCGUUACUACCGGUAUCGUUACGACAGGAGGGACUGUGAUCGUGAUCGUAGGAGGGAUGACCGGAGAGAUGAUAGGAGGGACAGAGACCGUGAUAAAGAUAGACGGAGAGAUGGAAGAGACUCGGAACGGAGUUAUAGAGAUAGUGAGAGGAGAGGGGAAAGUUCUAGGAGAAGUAGUUAUGAACCUAGGUUUAAAGAUGAACCUCGGACUCCUAGCAUGAAGGUCCUAAAACCAACUGACAAGACAGCCUGGGAUGAUGAUGACGAUGACCCUAAGGCUCCACUGCGCAAAUCUAGUUGGGACUUCCCAACUCCACUGACUCGGGACGGUGGUGACCGGUCACAGAGGAGUGAGAGGAGUGGAAAGCCACUGAGGGAUUAUAAAGGAAGAUUGUAUGAGAAUACACCGAGAGCUUCACCUCAUAAAUUCGCCAGUUCAAGGCGUGGUGUGGAUAUUGAUGACCCUGAGUGGGAGGAGGCUGAGAAGAAACUGGACCGAGCUUGGUACAAUAUGGGUGAAGGUGAAGCAGACGAGUCAGAUCCCUUCGCUGGUACAUCAGCAGACUACGUAGCUCGCAAGGAGGAACAAAUAGAGAAACGCAGAAACAGGAAGGUGUCCGCUCAGAGACAACAGAUUGACAAAGAUAAUGAGCUGUGGGAGAGGAAUAGAAUGCUCACCAGUGGUGUCGUACAUGCUAUCAAUGUUAAUAAUGACUUGGAUGAGGAGAACGUGGACCGCGUGCACCUGUUGGUCCACAACAUCGUGCCUCCGUUCCUCGACGGCAGGAUCGUCUUCACCAAGCAGCCCGAGCCCGUCAUACCCGUGAAAGAUCCGACGUCAGACAUGGCAAUGAACGCCCGCAAAGGCUCGGCACUCGUGAAGGCAUUCAGGGAACAAAAGGAACGAAGGAAGGCGCAGAAGAAACAUUGGAAGCUGGAGGGAACUAAAAUUGGUAACAUCAUGGGUAUACAGAAGAAAGAGGAGGAAAUGGAGGACGGGCCUACCAAGGAUGCUUACAAGUACGCUGAACAUAUGGACAAAGACGCUCCCGAAGUGGAAUCGAAGUCGGACUUCGUGAAGAAGAUGACGAUAGGCGAGCAGCGCCGGUUCCUGCCCGUGUUCGCGGUCCGGGAGGAACUCAUGCAGGUCAUCCGGGAGAACAGUGUCGUCAUCAUUGUUGGUGAGACGGGCAGUGGUAAAACGACCCAGCUGACCCAGUACCUGCACGAGGAAGGGUUCAGUCGGCUCGGGACUAUCGGCUGCACCCAGCCGCGACGUGUCGCCGCCAUGUCCGUCGCCAAGCGAGUCUCCGAUGAAAUGAAUACUAAACUUGGUGACGAAGUAGGCUACGCGAUCCGUUUCGAGGACUGUUCGUCCCCGCAGACGGUGAUCAAGUACAUGACGGACGGCAUACUACUGCGCGAGGGUCUCCGCGAGCCCGACCUGGACAACUACUGCGCCAUCAUCAUGGACGAGGCACACGAGCGAUCGCUCUCCACAGACAUGCUGUUUGGACUACUUAGAGAGGUGGUGGCCCGUCGAUCAGACUUGAAGCUCAUAGUGACAUCAGCUACGAUGGACUCCACAAAGUUCUCCACGUUCUUCGGCAACGUGCCUACCUUCACCAUCCCCGGCAGAACGUUCCCGGUCGAGACAUUCUUCGCUAAAAACGUCUGCGAAGAUUAUGUUGAUGGCGCUGUUAAACAGGCUCUCCAAAUCCAUCUGCAGCCGGAGGAAGGAGACAUCCUAAUCUUCAUGCCGGGUCAAGAAGACAUUGAAGUUACUUGUGAGGUACUAACAGAGCGUCUAGCGGACUUGGACAGCGCGCCCCCGCUCACCGUGCUCCCCAUAUACUCCCAGCUGCCCGCAGACUUGCAGGCCAAGAUCUUCCAGCGCGCCCCACCUGGACAGAGGAAGUGCAUCGUCGCUACUAAUAUUGCUGAGACGUCCCUGACGGUGGACGGUAUCAUGUACGUGAUAGACAGCGGGUACUGCAAGCUCAAGGUGUACAACCCAAGGAUUGGUAUGGAUGCCCUACAGAUCUACCCAGUAAGUCAAGCGAACGCCCGCCAGCGCGCAGGUCGCGCCGGCCGUACCGGUCCGGGCAAGGCGUUCUGUCUCUACACCCAGAGACAGUACCAACACGAACUGUUGGCCUCCACAGUGCCAGAGAUACAGAGAACUAAUCUGGCCAAUACUGUACUGUUGCUGAAGAGUUUGGGAGUCGAAGAUCUCCUUGCUUUCCAUUUUAUGGAUCCACCGCCACAGGACACGAUCCUGAACUCGAUGUACCAGCUGUGGAUCCUGGGCGCACUGGACGGCACGGGCGCCCUCACUCCGCUCGGCCGACAGAUGGCAGAGUUCCCUCUAGACCCGCCGCAGUGUCACAUGCUCAUUGUCAGCGCCAAGAUGGGAUGCAGUGUAGAAGUGCUUAUUAUUGUGUCAAUGCUGUCAGUACCGUCAGUGUUCUACCGGCCCCAGGGUCGCGAGGAGGAGGCUGACUCUGUGAAGGAGAAGUUCCAGGUGCCCGAGUCUGACCACCUCACACUGCUGCAUUUGUACAACCAGUGGAAGGCUAACAAUUACUCGGGCCAGUGGUGCACAGAGCACUUCGUGCAUGGUAAGGCGAUGCGCAAAGUACGCGAGGUGAGACAACAACUGAAGGACAUCAUGCAACAACAGAGACUGCCACUCGUCUCCUGCGGGACUGACUGGGAUCUUGUACGCAAAUGUAUCUGCUCUGCAUACUUCCAGCAAGCAGCUCGUCUUAAAGGUAUAGGGGAGUACGUGAACUGUCGUACGGGUAUGCCGUGUCACUUGCACCCCACAUCGGCACUGUUCGGGCUGGGCAACUCGCCCGACUACGUGGUCUACUACGAGCUGAUGAUGACCACCAAGGAGUACAUGCACUGCGUCACUGCUGUGGACGGGAGGUGGCUCGCUGAACUGGGACCUAUGUUCUUUUCGGUCAAGGAAACUGGGAAAUCAAACCGCGACAAACGUAAAGAAGCAGCCGUACAUCUGCAGCGUAUGGAGGAAGAGAUGAAGCAAGCUGAACAGAAGAUGGCAGAAGAGAGAAAGAAGAAAGAAGAAGAUGUACCAGUGAAGCAGGAGAUAGCUACACCGGGGCUCAACACUCCGCGCAGAACUCCGCAUAGACUGGGACUGUAACUUCGAGUGUCGAUAUUUUGUAUUUUUUAAAUCAAUAAAUGUACUUUUUUUAAAUA